AUGUUAGGCACCCCAGUAGGCCCGACAUUAAAAACGGGAGGUGCGUCAGGAGAUGAUGACUCGCUGGAGAAUUCUGGUGUUAUGUUUGGCUCGGGAAGGCACACAAAUGCCGCGAGCCGCCAGCGUCGCUCAAAGUACUUCAAGCGUCAAUCGCGCGUGCAGCCCGAAGAGAGAGAAGUGAGGAAACAAGCGUCCGAGCCCGCGCCCCCCGCGCCCGGCCCCGCGUCCACUCCCGCGCUCAGGAAACAUGAGUCCUACCCGCAGUAUGGCGGACAGCGUCGCUCAAAGUACUUCAAGCGUCAAUCGCGCGUGCAGCCCGAAGAGAGAGAAGUGAGGAAACAAGCGUCCGAGCCCGCGCCCCCCGCGCCCGGCCCCGCGUCCACUCCCGCGCUCAGGAAACAUGAGUCCUACCCGCAGUAUGGCGGACAGCGUCGCUCAAAGUACUUCAAGCGUCAAUCGCGCGUGCAGCCCGAAGAGAGAGAAGUGAGGAAACAAGCGUCCGAGCCCGCGCCCCCCGCGCCCGGCCCCGCGUCCACUCCCGCGCUCAGGAAACAUGAGUCCUACCCGCAGUAUGGCGGACAGAACCGCACGCGGACUCUAGACCACGAGAUAGGUUCGCUGCUGAUCCGCGCCGUGACGUACAUUGACCGGCAGACCAACGCCCCCUCGGCCUCCACUUCCUUCGAGGAGGCGCCAGCCACGCGAGCCAGUCACACACCCGCCGUCAGGAAUGGUCCCCCUCUAAGCUGCAACUUCUGCUGGAACACAGUAGACGAGUGCGGCCGCAUCCUCCGACGAAAGACGCAGUACCACUGCCCAGAAUGUCAGACCAACCUGUGCAUCGUGCCCUGCUUCCACGAGUACCACGAGGGGCCCGACGCGGCUGACGCCAGUGCGAGCGCGGCCGCAAGUGCCAGGUGAAGUGUUAUUAGGUACCAUUAAGACUGAUCUUAGCUACGCUAGUCGCACGAGCUACCGGGGGGCGAAGCACCAAGGUAAUGUGGCAGAAAUGAGCUAUUAAGGGGCGAUGCCUUUGAGUGAAUGGUACCUGAGGGGCGAUGCCCCUUGUAAGCAUAAAAUUGAAUGUUUUGUCGUUGGAAAAAAAAAAUGAAAAUUGUUUAAUUUUGUAUACGUUUUAGGAUUGCUUAUUAUUUGGAAAUUAAUAUAUGGCGUGCCUUAUAUCUCGAUAGUGUAUGCGCUGAACGUGGAACUAUAGUAUUAAAAUGUCCUACAUUGUCCAUGUUAA